GCGCUCGGUCGAAUGCAAGCACGGCUCGCGAGCACAAAGUCGACGGUUUUUGCUGUUUGAUCCCAAGUCUCUCUUGUUCCUCUUCAUACUAACGCGGGGGGAUUGGUACUGCAAUUGAGUGUCUACGUUAUCAAUUGGCUUCUCUGUCUCUCUACCUACUCGCUUCGUGGCUUUGGUUCAACAUCGCCUGACCUGGUACCAUCCAACUAAAAUAAUACACGCGCUUGUCUAGUGGGCCGCCCGCAGUAGCUCCCCCGAGCUUAGAGAGCUCUCCGAUCCUGCUCCAGCUCUUUCCCCUCAAAACAACGGCCCUCGCCUGAAGCUUGAGCUCUCUUCACACACGCACACACAAUGGCAGAGACACGGGACGUCACGAACCACGUCCUCUUUGAGGUUGCGACAGAGGUUGCAAACAGAGUCGGCGGUAUCUACUCUGUCCUCAAGUCAAAGGCCCAGGUCACGACGGCUGAAUAUGGCGCGUCGUAUACGCUGCUCGGCCCUUGGAACAGAGCUUCGGCGCAAGUCGAGGUUGAGAUCCUGGAGCCCAAGGACCCGGCUCUGGUCGCCACGAUCAAGAGCAUGAAUGAUCGCGGCAUCAAGACGCUGUACGGGCGAUGGCUGAUUGACGGCGCGCCUCGCGUGCUGCUCUUCGACACCGGCACCGGCUAUGGAUGGCUGGAUGAGUGGAAGGCUGAUCUGUGGUCCACGGCUGCUAUUCCCUCGCCGCCUGGCGACUCGGAAACUAACGAAGCUAUCGUUUUUGGUUAUCUGAUUGCGUGGUUCCUUGGCGAGUAUGUCUUCCACGAGAAGAAGCGAGCCGUCAUUGUCCAGUUCCACGAGUGGCUGGCUGGUGUUGCGGUACCGCUUUGCAAGAAGCGUCGCAUCGAUGUGACGACCAUCUUCACUACGCACGCAACGCUUCUUGGCCGCUACCUAUGCGCCGGCUCUGUCGACUUUUACAACAAUCUGCAAUACUUUGAUGUAGAUGCUGAAGCUGGAAAGCGCGGCAUUUACCACCGCUACUGCAUCGAGCGUGCUGCUACACACGCUGCGGACGUCUUCACGACCGUCUCUCACAUCACCGCGUAUGAGAGCGAGCAUCUCCUGAAGCGAAAGCCAGAUGGUGUAUUGCCCAACGGGCUGAACGUCAAGAAGUUCUCGGCCACACACGAGUUCCAAAACUUGCACCAGCAGUCCAAGGUCAAAAUCAACGACUUUGUACGAGGUCAUUUCUACGGCCACAACGACUUCGAUCCCGAUAACACGCUGUACUUCUUCACGGCUGGUCGGUACGAGUACAGGAAUAAAGGUGUGGACAUGUUCAUCGAGUCGUUGGCACGAUUGAACCACAAGAUGAAGAGCGAGAACUCGAAUCAGACGGUUGUCGCUUUCAUUAUCCUGCCUGCGCAAACAACCUCGCUGUCGGUCGACUCGCUGAAGGGACAGGCCGUUAUCAAAUCGCUCCACGACACGAUCAACAACAUCUCGGAGAACAUUGCCAAGAAGCUGUUUGAGCGCUCGUUGACUUGGACAGAAGGUCAAGAGCUGCCCGAGGACAAGGACCUGCUCUCCCCUCAGGACAAGAUCAUGCUCCGUCGCCGGCUGUUCGCCAUGAAGAGACACAGCCUGCCGCCGAUUGUCACCCACAACAUGGCCAACGACGCCGAAGACCCAGUGCUGAACCAGCUGCGUCGCUGCCAGCUGUUCAACCACCCCUCGGAUCGCGUCAAGGUUGUGUUCCAUCCCGAGUUCUUGAACUCUGCGAACCCGGUUCUGCCCCUUGACUACGAUGAUUUCGUACGCGGAACCCAUCUUGGUGUGUUCUCAUCGUACUAUGAGCCAUGGGGUUACACCCCAGCUGAGUGCACCGUGAUGGGAGUACCCAGCAUCACCACCAACUUGUCUGGUUUCGGUUGCUACAUGGAGGAGUUGAUCGACAACGCCGCCGACUACGGCAUCUACAUUGUCGACCGGAGAACAAAGGGCGUGGACGAUUCGGUCAACCAGCUCGUAGACUACAUGUUCGACUUCACCAAGAAGAGCAAGCGCCAGCGCAUCAACCAACGUAACCGCACCGAGCGCUUGAGCGACCUGCUCGACUGGAAGCGCAUGGGCUUGGAAUACGUUAAGGCCCGUCAGCUGGCUCUUAGAAGGGCGUACCCCGGGUCGUACGAGGACGACGAGGAGCCAGACUUCUUCGGCUCCCAGGAACACAAGAUCUCGCGACCUUUGUCCGAGCCGGGAUCGCCGCGUGAGCGGUCGGGCAUGAUGACGCCGGGCGACUUUGCGUCGCUGCAGGAGGGUCGUGAGGGUCUUAGCACUGAGGAUUACAUUGCGUGGAAGCUGCCAGAGGAGGAGGAGCCUGAUGACUUUUCGUUCCCGCUCACGCUCAAGACUAAGAGCAAACCUAACUCGGGCGCCAAUACCCCGACCGCGAUCAACGGCGCCGACUAAGCGCAGAGACGGACGGGUGAUGUGGGGAGAUGGGGAGAAGGGAAAUUACAUGGCAUAAAGUGUUGGUUUUCUUCCUCUUUGGUUUGUGAGUGAGUGAGCUUUUUGCGCAAAUGUGAUAUGGGAGAUGGGAGAUGUGCAUGUUAUGUACAAUCACGGAUAGGUGUCCGCGGGAGAGGAGAGGAGAGGAGAGUCAGUGCGCUGGAUGUAAAUGUAGCUGUAGCUUUUGUUUGUUAAUGUACCUAACGUGUUUGACGUGUGGAUUGAGUUCUUUGUUGUGAGUGUUGG